CCUGCGUCGCUGUCUUGGUUCCGUUGGUUGCUCAUCUCCCCGUCGCGUCGUGGUUCAGCCCUGCGUCGCUGUCUUGGUUCCGUGGUUCCGUGGUUCAGCCCUGCGUCGCUGUCUUGGUUCCGUGGUUCAGCAUCUCCCCGUCGCGUCGUGGUUCCGGUGGUUGCUCGGCGUCGUGGUUCCGGUGGUAUGUUAAUUGUGAAGAUGGGUAGAUACGCAUAUGGUUGAAGAGAGGGGCGAUGAUCGUACUGCCAGCAUAAUCUAUCAUCGUGCUUGUUCGAAUUUCAACAAUUGCAUAAGAUGACUUGAGAUCCCCGAGUCAGAAAUUUUCAGAAGCUUUCGGUGAUUUGUGUCUUUUCAGAAGUUCUCAGAAUCGGAAAAUAAAGCACGUAUUUACUUUUGGAACAACAUAGGUACGAUGAAUGAAAACCAAAUUGUUGUUAGGCAUGAAUCAGAAGGUGGCAAGACUCCCACAACGCGUGACGAAUCACAAGAUGUUAGUACGAUUACAAAGACCAUUAAAGGCCGUGGUCCGUCAAAAGGUGUUAAAGUCGCUAAGCCUAUGUUCCUUGAGUAUAAUGUAUAUAAUGUCCCCGAUGGACAAUGGUCUCAUGAAUACGGGAAGCAAGUUGGGAGUUGUGCUACUAGAAUUAAUAUUAACGUCCCAUUAUAUCCAAAGGUAGAUGAGCAAAUCAAGAAGGGGUUUUGGGAGGAGACUAAGCUUAUGUUCCACAUUACUGAUGAUUCUAAUCAUUCGAGGGAGAAAUAUUUUCAUUCUUGUGUGGCGAAACGAUUUAGUUGUUUCAAGAGCAAGUUGGUGCGCCGAUGGAUAACUAUGAAGGAAAAGAAGCCAAAAAAUCAAACAAACAAGAUGCCUUGGGAUGUCUACAACCAUAUCACAGAGGAUGAUUGGAAGACUUUUGUUAAACAUUAUUUCCUGCCAGAGUCAUUGCUUCGUAGUGAAAAGGCGAGGAAAAGUGCAUCAUGCAACAAGAACCCACAUCGCACCGGCCAAAAGGGUUAUAAUAGAAAGCGACUAGAUUGGAUAAAGGAUGGACGACUUCCACCAGAUGCAGCUUUACCUAUCUCGAGUAGCUCCUCGGUGAACUCAUCAGUGACCUCAAAUGUUAAUAGAGUUAGAAAAUACAGAUCAAAGGAGUGGAUUUUGGCCCAUCAAGUACAAAAUAAAGAGGGAAAGUGGGAAAUUGACCCAAACGAUACAGAAGUUGUUGAAAUCGCAACAAAAGCUGUAAGUAGCGAUAAUUAAUUAAU